UCCAGUGUGAAAUCAGUUCCAACUUUCGAGGAUUGUGGAAUGGCGUUUUGAGCUGCUCUCCUCCACUUUUUCUUCAUAAUUUCAGUAUUUGCGUGCAGCACCAAUGGCGUCCAUUUGCUCCUCUGCCGCCGCCGGCUUUGUUACGGUUGAUCUUCGCCGUGAGUGUGCUCCCGGAAACACAGAAUUCAACUCUUUCGCCAAUUUUUCGCCAUUGAAUCAAUUGCCGACCAGGACCGGCAGCAAAAGAGCGCUUCAGAUACAAUGCACGCGCAGUGUACAGGAAGUGAUUCGUUUUGAGGAAAAUUCUGAAGAACCAAAACUGGAUGACAGUAGCGGCCGUGAUUGGGGGAAUGGACGGUCUUCUGGCGGCGGUGGAGGAGGAGGAGGAGGAGGUGGUAGUGGAGGCGGCGGGGAGGGAGAUGUAAACGAUGCCGACGAAGAAGAGUUCGGGCCGAUAAUAAAGUACGACGACGUUUUGAUGGAGGCAGAAAGCCGUUGUGCUGUUUUACCUGAUGAUAUGCUUGAGGCAGCGAAAUCGCAGGGUCUUCGAAGAUUGAUUCUUUCUCGGUACUUGGAUUUGCAGGGCUCGGCUUGGCCUACAGGAUUUCUGAUGAGAUAUUGUUCAAUGUUUCGGAAUCGCAUGCUCGCCGAUCCUUCGUUUUUGUUUAAAGUCGGAACAGAAAUCAUAAUCGAUUCUUGUUGUGCAACAUUUGCUGAAGUUAAGAAAAGAGGAAAGGAUUUCUGGGCUGAGUUUGAAUUGUACGCAGCGGAUCUGUUUGUGGGUAUUGUUGUUGACAUUGCAUUAGUAGGCAUGUUGGCUCCUUAUGCUCGCAUACGCAAGCAAUCGAUAUCCAGAGGCUUUUUCGGGCGUAUGCAACAAUUUACCGUAGGUCUUCCCAGCAGUGUUUUUGAAGCUGAGCGACCAGGUGUGAGAUUUUCAUUGCAACAGCGUGUCGCCACCUAUUUUUACAAGGGUGUCUUAUAUGGUUGUGUUGGGUUUGGGUGCGGCAUUAUUGGCCAAGGCAUUGCAAAUAUGAUCAUGACGGCUAAAAGGAGCAUUCAUAAAUCUGACGAGGACAUACCUGUGCCCCCAUUAAUAAAAAGUGCCGCGGUUUGGGGUGUUUUUCUGGCAGUGUCUUCAAACACUCGUUACCAAAUCAUAAAUGGAUUAGAACAAAUUGUCGAAGGCUCGACCUUGGCCAAGCAAGUGCCACUUAUUGCCAUGGCUUUUACAGUUGGUGUUCGAUUUGCCAAUAAUAUUUAUGGUGGAAUGCAGUUUAUAGAUUGGGCUAAAUUGAGCGGAGCACAAUAGUCUGUAGUGAGCUAGCAAGUGAUGCGUCGUCUAAAUUAAAAUAAAAUGUUUGAAAUUCAUUCGAAGAGUGAUUGUUAUUAGAGCUAGAUUGGUUAUCUUCUUACCCCUCAUUUUGCAUUGCAGAUGAUGUUUUAUUAGCUUUUCAACCAUUCAGUAUUAUAUAUAGCUACAAAAAUCACUAAAUCGAAGCAUGUUGGGGUGAAAAUCUCCGGCGAAGUUCUGGAUAUCGAUCGUCAUCAAGUCGGGUACUCGAGUGUUUGUGUUUAGGACAAGUAGAAAACACAAACGUAAAUGGAAGAUAAAAGUAAAUUUUUAAAAAGCACAAGUUGAGGAAGAUGUAGGGGAUUUGUUUGUUUUGUAAAAUAUUUUGAAUUGAUAUUUUUUUAUAUGA